UUUUCAUAUUAUCAAACGGGCUCUUACUAUAUGAUUUGAGUUACACCUUAUGUACACCCUAUAUAAAUCAUUCCAUAUUUUUUUUACAUUUCAUCCCUCCCUUCUCCUUCUCUCUAUCAUAAGAAUCACAUGCCUCAUAUUUCUUUCUUCUUUCAUCUUUCCUUCUUUUUUUCUUUUUCUUGUUUUUUUACUCCAAGGGCGUCUAGGGGUAGGGGGCUGGAGACCUGGACUAAUCAGGGCUGAAAACUCACUCCAUUGAGUUUCGAACCCGAAACCUCUCAUAAGGGAGAGUGAGUCGGCGACCAACUGGGUUGGACCGCUUUUUAUUUCCUUCUUUUUUUCUUUUUACUUUCUAUUCAUCCUCCAUCGUCACCAUCAUCUUCCAUCAUCAUCAUCUUCAGUUUUAUGUUUGUCUGCACAUCGAAUAAAAUGGUGCUAAAAAGUUAUUUGGAAAGUCAUGGGAAAAUCAAAAUUAAUGGCCGCUGGAAUUUUUUUUGUGUGAUAUAUAAAAUAUUGUCUGUGUAAUAUUUAAUAAUGAUUUAAUUUCUCUAUACAAAAAAAAAAACAGAAUUGAAAAAAAUAAGUAACAGUGUAAAAAUUCGCCACAAACCAAAAUUUUGUGUAUACAUACACUGAAUUGCUUUCACAGAGACAUUGAUCGAAUUGCUUUCAGUGUCUGUGUACAUAGAAAAAAUGUUUCAUAAAAGUCCUUGUUAAGUUGCAUAGAAAUUAAUGUAUGUGUACACAAACAAAAAAUGUAAAGUACAAUCACAUUUUGAUGAAAUUUGUAUGUGUGAACAAAUUAAUAUGAAAAAAAUUGUAAGUAUUUGAAAACAUGCAUGCGCAAAAACAAAAAAUAUGUGCAGACAUUUUUUGUCUCCGUAGAGAUGUCUAGUGUCUGUAUAAAGAACAUUGGUUUCUGUAUAAAUCGCAUUGAAUUGUGUUGUUUUGGAGAAAAGUCAAGGUUAUGUUGCAUUAAAAAAUUUGAUAUAGUUUUUUCGAAAAUGGGAAAAUAAAUAAAAAGGUAUAAUAAUCGUAAAAUAAAAUGUUUUGUCAUAACUGAUACCACAAGACAGUGACUUUUUUUAUGAAAUAAUGCAAAACAAAAAAAAUAUUUACAAAAUUGAUGUUGAGUUAAAACUAUUUACCAAAAUAAUGCAACCAGGUUAUAAUUGGCGAAAAAAGAAUACGGAAUUGUAAAGCCUUUGCUCUGCGAGGCGACUCUCCCCGGCGGCUUUGCCGUUUCUAGGGUUUUGAUUUUCCGGCCACAGUCAUCUGGCUGUUUAGUGUCCGGCGUCGGUGCUUAUUUGUUUACUCCAUUGUGGGUUAAUUGCAAAGUGGGGUUUUUUUUUCAUCUCCUCCUUUGGCGAAGUGCGACUGUCUAGGUGGCUAGUACGGUCGAGCAGGGCAACGGGCUUCAGGACGAGAAUAAAGGGUGUUAGAUCUUCGUCGAGUUUGUGCGGUUAGGCUUGACAAUCGGAAGACGGUGUGAGGCGAUGGCGACGAGCGAAUUCCAAAAGCAGAUCAACGGUGAACAAAAGGACAAGGACGAAUGGGUGAUGGAUGAUGAGGAAGAAGAAGCGGCCGAGUCGGAGGAUUACCGCUUUGGGGCAUCAACAAUUGUGGCAAUGGUCCGGCCUCCUCCAGAACCACCACCAAGGGUUGAACGAGGUGCUAGGGUUCAAGAAAUUUAUUUUGCUUGCUUUGUUUUUUUCAUUUUUCGUUUCGGACAUCAUGGCUUGUUGUUUACUUCUGCUAUUAUUCAUGUUAAGACUCUAGAACAUAAGUCAAGUGAUGAUGAGUCUAGUUUGCCAGUCAUUGGCUCAUGUAAGCCCAAUUCAAGAUGAGCGAAUCUAGUUGCUUCAUUUGAGGUGGCAGUUUCUAAGUCUGGUUCAAGGGCG